AGAGCAAAUCUGCCUCCAAAUGUUCCCGCUAAAACCCUUCUUCACCAAACACUUAAACUUGCGCUCUUACGCAUCUUUUCCUCUGCCUCCACCAACACCUAAGCCUCCUCGCCUUUCUCUCCUAGCGGAUCAGUGCGCUUCAAUGCACGAACUCAAGCAAGUCCAUGCCCAGAUGAUUGUCUCCGCUCGCAUCCACGACGCGUUCGCCGCUAGCCGAUUGCUAUCCUUCUGCGCUCUAUCCGAGUCGGGAGAUAUCGUAUAUGCUUUUAAGCUAUUCGAAAGCACGAAAACCCCAAAUGGGUUCAUGUGGAAUACGCUGAUUAGAGCUUAUGCUGGUGGAGCAUACCCUUGUGAGGCUGUGUUUCUUUAUAUGAAGAUGAGGAGGCUCGGUGUUGUGCCGGGUAGACACACGUUCCCUUUUCUUCUCAAGGCUUGUUCUAGGAUUUUCUCGCUUUGGUUGUGCAAACAGGUUCAUACCGAUGUUGUGAAAUUUGGGUUGGAUUUGGAUUUGCAUGCGGUUAAUGGAUUAGUGAGGGGUUACUCUGUUUCGAGUGGUUUGGGGGAUGCCCGACUCGUGUUUGAGGAAUGUCCUGAUAGGAAUUUGAGUAUUUGGACGACGAUGAUUGGGGGUUAUGAGCAGAAUUUUUGUUCGAACGAGGCUUUGGUGCUUUUUGAUCAAAUGGUUGCUGAGGGGUUUGAACCGAACAGUGUGACUCUGGCCUCUGUGUUAUCUGCUUGUGCUCGAUCGGGCUGUUUAGAAUUGGGAGAAAGAAUUCAUGCGUAUAUGAAGGAGAAGGGGAUUGAUAUUGGAGUGAUUCUUGGCACUGCAUUGGUGCAUAUGUAUGCAAAGAAUGGAGCAAUUUUGGUAGCUCAAAUUUUGUUUGAGAGUAUGUGUGAAAAGACAGUUGCAACUUGGAAUGCAAUGAUUUGUGGGUUGGCAAGUCAUGGACAUGCUGAAGAAGCACUAUCUCUCUUUUGGAAGCUAGUGAAGGAGCAGGUUGUGCCAAAUGAUAUCACGUUCGUUGGGGUUUUAUCUGCCUGUUGCCAUGCUGGCUUGAUUGAUGUUGGAAGUGAAAUUUUUCAUUCCAUGAAAGGGGUGUAUGGCAUUGAGCCAAAGAUUGAACAUUAUGGGUGCAUGGUUGAUCUUCUUGGGAGGGGUGGGAAGCUGCUAGAAGCAGAGAAGUUGGUAAAAGGAAUGGUGUGGAAGCCUGAUGUGGUGAUUUUGGGAGCUUUGUUGGCGGCUUGUAAAACUCAUGGAAAUAUCGAGGUUGCUGAAAGAGUGGUAAAAGAAAUUCUUGUUUUGGAACCUCAUAAUCACGGUGUUUAUAUUGUCUUGUCUAAUAUGUAUGCAGGGGCAGGACAGUGGGAGGAUGUGUUGAGGCUGAGAAAGGAGAUGAAAGAAGGGAGCCUGAAGAAAACACCUGGGUGGAGCCUGGUGGAUAAUGAUAAUUUUGUUUAUAAACAUGCAUCAGAAGGCACCCAUCUGGUUGAACAACACUCGAAUAGGAACAAAAAAAGAAGUUUUCAUGAUAUCUAACGGUUGUGAGCCGGUCUAUAUUUUGAUUAACAUGAGAAAAGAGAUCAAUGGCUUUUAGCAAGCUAAGCACCGUGAUUGGUCUUUUAUAUAGAGGAAAGAAAUGUGAGGGUAUUUUUAAGGCAAGUUGUCCAUAUCUCUCUGAGUUUUGGCCCUGUGAAGGAUAAGGACUUGAAUUUAUAAUUAUGACAAUUCUCUAUUUUUAUCCUAAUUUGUGUGAUGGGAUUAUAUUCAUUAUAUCUUGGAUUCUGAUCCUUUUUACUUGAGAGGAGACACGAAUGGUGCUUGGAUGUGGAUAUAGAUGGACUCCAGACACGCCUUGUUCCAGAAGUCACAACAGCAGUUGGGAUUGUGGCACAGGGGUUUCCUACCAGUGUAAAAGCAGCAAGAGAAUUCAAGAUGGUUCCAUUUAUGACUUGGAAUCAAAAUUCAAAGAUUUGAAGAACUCCCGCUUGGAUAUUUUACCAAAGGGGCUCAAGCAGGAUUGACAAUUUAGAACUUUUCAGAGAAAUCGACUGGAUCAGCCAAGAAAUUUUCUGUCAUGGGAUGCAGAUUCAACUCCAACUCCUAUCAUUUUACUCAGCUGCGCCACCAUUCAGACCGAAGGUGAAGUAUUUUUGCUGUUCAGCAACAGAGAAUGCAGUUUUGCAUUCAGUUUAGUUUUUAAUUUGAAAUGCAAAUAUCACAGCAGUGAAAAAACUGUAGUUGAUUUUCAAGAUCAAACAAAAUAUUGUGAAAACAAGAAGUCUAAUGGAUUAGAUAUGAGAUUGGUCUUAUAGUAAUAUUGUUUGUACUCUCCUGUACCCAAUUGAGCAAGUCUAUUUAUUCACCAUACAUUAAUCAGCUUGA